AUGGCUCGUGGUAAGAAAAAAGGAGGCCGUCGUGGCGAUGACUCGGACUCUGAUGAGGCCAAAGUGUCGCCGCCGGUUACUAAUACCUCGGUAGAGAAAGAUGACAAAAAGUUGGCGCGAAAAGAGAAGCUGAAAGCACGCAAAACACAGCGUCAGGCAUCCAAAACCAGCGAGGAGCAGAUCAGCCAGCGCACGACUUCAGACGCAGAGGAGGAUGUAGAUGAGGAUGAUCCCUAUGCGCAGAUUGCGAAUAGUGUGAGCAAGAAGAAGAGCAAAAAGAUCAAAAAGAAGGCCGUAGUAAACUUUGCAGCCCUAGUGGACGACACGAAGAAAAGUCCGAAAAAAGACACAAUGUCACAUCGUUUGGAGAGCAAUGAAGAGGAACGGAAGCGACUGAAAGAAGAGCAAGAGCGCCAAGAGCGCGAGGACGAGUACCAUCGUGCUGCUAAUCCUAUGGACGGUGCUCAGUUCUCUGUCUCACAGCAAGCGUUCACAGAAGACUCGAACUGGGAAAACGCUACAGACAUUCACAUUGAUAAUUUCAGUAUCAAUGCGCACAAUAAGUUGUUGUACGACAACGCGUCACUGCACAUUAAUGCUGGCGGCAAAUACGGUCUUGUGGGUCCGAACGGUCAAGGAAAGACGACCAUAUUGAAAAUGAUUGCACUUGGAGAGCUCAAGAUUCCGCCGAAAAUCGAUUGUCUUUAUGUGGAACAAGAAGUCGUAGCUGACGAUACGCGCGCUGUGGAUGCUGUGCUGAAGGCAGAUGCUGAGCGGUGGGCAUUGCUUGAAGAGGAAAAGUCGUUGCUUGCACAGCUCGAAACAAAGCAAGAUUCGGCUCUCGAUGAUCGACUGAAUGAAGUCUAUGAGCAGCUAUCACAAUCCAAUGCGUCAGCCGCUGAGGCUCGUGCACGUCGUAUUCUUUUUGGUUUAGGAUUCGAUUCAGCCAUGCAGGAAAAGGUCACGAAGGAUUUUUCGGGUGGGUGGCGAAUGCGUAUCUCGCUAGCUAAGGCACUGUAUGUGGAGCCGACGUUGCUGAUGCUUGAUGAACCGACAAAUCACUUGGACCUUAAUGCUGUUAUAUGGCUGGAUGAUUAUUUGCAAAAAUGGAAAAAGACGCUGCUAGUUGUAUCCCAUGAUGCUGAUUUUCUAAACAGCGUGUGUUCGGAAGUGCUGCAUCUAGAAAACAAGAAGAUUGCGCACUACAAAGGCAAUUAUGAUAUGUUUCCAUCUGGCAAAUCGUCGAAAAAGGCGACAGAGAUUGUCAAAAAGAAACGAGAACCUGGUGCUCGUGCAACAAAGAAGAAGGCGUUGUUGCCAGAGGAUGCAGCGGAAGUCAGUGCCCCUACGGAUUUGUUGGAACGUCCAAAGGAAUACAUUGUUCAAUUUAGCUUUCCAGAGACCACAAUAGUGUCGCCACCGAUACUUGAAGUGCGUGAAGCCAGUUUUCGCUAUGGUGACGGACCAUACUUGUUUAAAAACACUGACUUUGGUAUUGAUACGACGUCGCGUGUGUGUAUCGUGGGUCCAAAUGGUGUGGGAAAGAGUACGCUGUUAAAAAUGAUAACAGGAGAGGUUACGGUAACUGAAGGCGAGGUGCGACGUAACCCACGGGUACGUCUUGGGAUCUACAGCCAACAUUUUGUCGAUAAGUUGCCCAUGGGCGAGACACCGGUCGAGUAUUUGCGCCGUCUGUUUCAAGACCAAUCGUACCAGCAGGUGCGCAAUUUACUUGGCAAAGUAGGUCUGGAAGGUCACGCACACGAAAUCAAGAAUCGCUUGCUUUCUGGUGGUCAAAAAGCUCGUGUGGUCAUUGCAGAAUUGGUUCUGAUGCGCCCGCAUAUUCUGAUACUGGACGAACCCACUAAUAAUUUAGAUAUCGAGUCAAUUGACGCAUUGUGCGAUGCCAUACGCGAGUACGAUGGCGGUGUAGUCAUUGUUACUCACGAUGCGCGUCUGAUUGAGUCAACAGAAUGUGUUUUGUGGGUGUGUGGUGACCAGGAUGUGGUGGUGUACGACGGCACGUUUGAAGAUUACAAACAGUCGAUUUUAGACGAUCUCCACAAGCAAGCACAGGCUGAGGAGGAGCGUCUUGCCGAGAAUGCUGCCAAGAAAGCUGAGGCUCGUGCGCAAAAGGCGAAAGGAUAG